AUGGCGUUCACAAAGUCGCGCACUUGGGGCGCGACGGGAGACGUGGAGUCGGGGUCCUCCGAGUGGCAGGCGGGCGACACGGAGUCGGGGUACGGGUGCCUGGCGUCGGUCAUCCCCGCGCUGGAGCUGAUGGCGCUGUACGUGGCGGCCGCCAUGCACGACUACGACCACCCGGGCCGCACCAACGCCUUCCUGGUGGCCACCAGCGCCCCGCAGGCCGUGCUGUACAACGACCGCUCGGUGCUAGAGAACCACCAUGCAGCGGCAGCCUGGCACCUGCUGAUGUCACGGCCCGAGUUCAACUUCCUGCCGGGGCUGGCCCACGCGGAGUUCAAGAGGUUCCGAUUCCUCGUGAUCGAAGCCAUCCUCGACGACCUCAAGAAGCACUUUGACUUCCUCGCCGAGUUCAACGCCAAGGUGAGCGGCGCGGACGGCACGGGCAUCGACUGGAGCCAGGAGAACGACCGCCUCCUCGUCUGCCAGAUGUGCAUCAAGCUGGCGGACAUCAACGGGCCGGCCAAGAUCCGGGACCUGCACCUGCGCUGGACCACGGGCAUCGUGAACGAGUUCUACCAGCAGGGCGACGAGGAGGCGACUCUGGGUUUGCCCGUGAGCCCCUUCAUGGACCGCACGGCGCCGCAGCUCGCCAAGCUCCAGGAGUCGUUCAUCACGCACAUCGUGGGGCCGCUGUGCCGCUCGUACGACUCGGCGGGCCUCAUGCCGGGGGCCUGGGUGGAGCGCGGCCCCGACGAGGCGGGGCGGUCCGAGUCGUCGGACGACGAGGACGACGACGACGAGGAGGAGGAGGAUGAGGAGGAGGACAGCGAUGAGGACGGCGACACGCGGCACGCCAAGCGAAUGAAGAAGAAACGCCCGCGCAAGUACUUCUGCCACCUGACGCACCACCUGCUGGAGAACCACGAGAUGUGGAAGCGAGUGAUCAAGGAGGAGGAGGAGGCGGCGGAGGAGAAGGAGGAGAAGGAGGAGGAGGAGAGGAGGAGGAAGGCGGAGAGCGCGAUCGCGCCGGCCCGCCGCAGGAGACCGUCGGACCCCGAGGCCUCGUCCCAGGGUCGGGGGUCGCCGACGACGACAGCGACGAUGGCGGCGGAGGAGGAGGGGGAGGAAGGUGGCGACCGGCGGCAGUUCAGGCCCUGUGACGGUGACGACAGCGCCGCCGAUGAUGGCGAUGGCGAUGAGGACGACGGUGGAGUCGGCCGCGACGACGGGCGCGGAGCGGCGCGCGGCGCGAGCCGCUCCGACCCCCACCGCGUGCGGCGGAGGAAGAGGGCUCGCCGGUGCAGCCACGAAGGCGCCGCUUCUCACGCGUGA